AUGGAGAAGGCGCCUCCACCGCGCUUCUUCUUCCUCAAGAGAUCAGAAAUUGUUUUCUCCAUCUUCUCCGUCAUCCUCCUCCUCUCCCUCCUCCUCCUCCUCCACUGGUUCACUCCCUUCCAGCCACUUCUUUUGCUCCGCAUCGCCGGCGGUACGUAUGAUAAACCACCGCCGGAGGGCGACGCCGCCUGCGAUUACACCUCCGGUCGGUGGGUCUGGGACGGGACCCACCGGGCCGAGGCCUACACCGAGGAUUGCCCCUUCCUCGACCCCGGUUUCCGAUGCCGUCAAAAUGGCCGCUCUGAUUCCGGCUAUCUUUACUGGCGGUGGCAACCCCGUGGCUGCAAUCUCCCCAAAUUUAACGCAUCAGAGUUGCUGGAGAGGAGCAGAAACGGGAAGAUAGUCUUCGUGGGGGAUUCGAUCGGGCGAAACCAGUGGGAGUCGCUCGUGUGCAUGCUGGCCAAAGCGGUGCGCAACCAAUCGAGCAUCUACGAGAAGUACGGGAAUCCGAUAACGAAGCACAAGGGCUUCCUCUCCAUCGUCUUCAGCGACCACAACCUCACGGUGGAGUACUACCGCGCCCCGUUCCUCGCCGCUGUCAGCCGGCCGCCUCCGGCCGCGCCGAGCAGCGUCCGUAGCGCCAUCCACCUCGACGAGCUCAAUUGGCAAUCCAAGCACUGGGUGGACGCCGACGUGCUGGUCCUCAACGCCGGCCACUGGUGGAACCAAAAGAAGACGAUUGGAUCGGGAAUGUAUUUUCAGGUGGGCGGAGAAAUAAACACGACCAUGGAUGUGAAGGAGGCAUUUCGUCGAACGAUUGAUACGGUCAAGCUAUGGAGUUUGAACAAACUGCAAAAGGGCUCUGUUUUCUUCAGGAACAAUUCUCCAAUUCAUUUCAGGCAAGUCGCCAUUAAUUUCUUAAAUUCUAUAAAUUAACUAAUUAAUCUACGAACGAUCCAACACGGAGUG